UGCCGAAAAUGGCGGCAAUAUAUAACAAAUUUGUUAUUGUAAUUUUGACAUUAUUUGUCGCUAUUGUUAUUAUUUCUUCCACACAAGGUGCUCGCCUAAGUGAUCCCAAGAUAUUGCUGCCGUACCAUAGUACUGUAGUUACGAAUUUCACGCUACAAAUCAAUAUAACCAAGGAGGAAUUGCACGUGCACGACAGUUGUUACACAUGGCGAUCAACACAGCAGGAGGUGGCAACGGUUCAACUGGUAAACAGUACAGACGGAGAGUGUGCCUUCUCAGCAGUUAUAUCGGCUGUCUCAAAAUCUUCCCACAGAAAAACUUCCAUUGUUUUGGCAGAGAACAAAGUCACUCGUGAAGUAUUGAGGUGUAUUGUGAUUGUGGAAUCUCUACAUCGGUUUGAGAUCCAGACUACUACUCGCUUGCUCUACCUCGAAGACUCACCAGAGGAGCUUACCAUCCGAGGCUUUGAUGAAGAAGGAAAUGUCUUCUCCAGUCUGGCAGGCCUGCGAUUUGAGUGGAGCCUUGAGUCUGACACCUCAGCUGACCAGGAUACAGUCAUUGAUGCCAGCAAUAUUCUCCGAAUCAUUAAGUUUUCAGAGUCACAUUACACCCGACCAGCCUACAUCGACAGAUUGGAGGGACGGGGCCUGCAAGGAGACAUGAUCUUGGUGGAGGGUAUACGUACAGGCAGUGCCAAUGUCAAGUCCGUCAUACGUGAUCGAGCCUACAAGAAUGUUGUGCCUUCUGUGGUGAAGAUUAUGGUCAUUGCAAACCUUAUGGUCAGUCCAGCUGAAGCCUAUGUCCUCAAAUACUCCACUGUGAGAUACACCGUCGAGCUUAUCAAACAGAAUUCAAUCAUCGAGAUUGCAAUGCCAUCAGAACAGUUUUAUCUGGAAGUCCAGAACCACAUGAUCUGCGAGUUCAAUGCCCAGACAUCAUUCGGUACAGCCGCAGAGCUAGGCUCCACAGAGAUUGUGCUAAUGGACAAAAACAUCAAGAGCCAGGACGUUUUGAUGCGGCCAUCUGCCAUGAUGUAUGUUGUUACUCCAAGUCGUCUGGCUUUUGUUAUUCUGCCUCACAACAAGUGGGUUUUAGAAACUGGACGGGAAUACGAGAUUCUCAUAGAGGUCUAUGAUAAAAACAGCCACAAGGUCUACCCCUCAGAUAAUGUUAUCAUCAAAGCUACGUUCCCAACAGAAUAUUUCCAAGUUCUGUCCUCCACUAAGAAUGGUACCUACCACUUGGUCAAGACCUUGGACAACGGAAAAACCAUGCUAGAUGGCGCCCUGACCAGUGUCAUCAGAACAGUUAAACGACGUAUGACAGAGGGCUCGCACUACUAUGUCUACUAUGUCGAGGAUGGGUCAGAGUAUCCUAUCACUCCACCCGUCAAACAGAUGCAGGUAGUCGAGAUAUAUGACCCCAUACUGGUGAAACCUGCUGAGCUCUUCUUCCCUUGGGACCCACAAGUGCCAAUUAGUCACCAGUACCAACUAGAGGCAACAGGAGGAAGUGGGGAGUACAUAUGGAAGUCAUCACAGCCACAGAUUAGCACUGUUAACAUGCAUGGAGAGAUAACUACUGGCCAGACAGGAGGUACCAAUGUUACGGCUGCUGACACCAGGAACCAGGCCCACUGGGGUUUGUCCUCAGUCUGGGUAUUGCCACCGUCUGACAUGCAGUUCCGCCCCAAGAGAGUUGAGGCUGCUGUGGGGACAGAUCUGGAGAUCCCCCUUGCAGUGUUUGCACUGUUUGAAGGCACUCCUCGGGAAUUCAACGACUGCAGAAUGAUGAGACUAAAUGUAACAUUUACAGACCAAACUGUGUUCCAGUAUCUAGAAGGUAAUAAUUCCUUGCCAGAGAAUGGAUGUCGUUUUGUGAAGGUCAAUGCUGUAAUUCAAGGUCACACAGAGGUGAAGGCCUCCUAUAUAGUGGGCAACAUACAGCUGGAAUCCACAGUCACAAUUGCUGCCUAUGAUCCACUUCAGGCUGUGGAUCCUGAGAAGGAGGCAGUAGUGGCGGUGGGUUCUCUGAAGGAGGUGGUAUUCAGGGGCGGUCCCCAGCCCUGGGUCAUAGACUCCUCAAAGUACUUCCAGAACUUGAGUCCUGAAAAUCCUAGCAUUGUCAACCAGUAUCAGUUAGGGACAUUUGGUAACAGUAGAGGAUUCCACAACUUCUUAGUAACAUGUAAAGAUAUUGGAAGACAGAGAUUGAUGCUCAGGGUUGGAAAUGGAAAAACUGCCAAGAAUAAAUACCCGGCAACAGAAGAAGUCUCUAUCAUAUACAACUGUGCAGCCCCUGUAGAACUACACCUGACACCUCUGGUGAAGAUGCCAGACAAAGACCUUCCACCAUGUCCAGUCAUACGGGACCCAACACAAUCAGUUCCUGUUCACUGUAGUAGAGAUUUAGACAUAUUGGUGACAGUGACUGACUCGGCAGGCAACAAGUUUGACAAUAUCUCCUCCCUGGAGUUUGAGUGGACACACACUGACCAUUCUUUAGGCUCAUUAGCCUUGGAAAGUGGUCUGAUGAGUGAAGUGGCCACGUCCAGCGAGGGAGUCACCACUGUUAAAAACUUUCAGACCCUGAAUCCUGCUGGUCGGCCUGGAUAUGUCACCAUAACGGCUACUGUGAAUCGCUACUCUGACAAGCAUCUGAAGGAGGCUGGAUCAAGAAUAAAUGCCCCCAUUUCGCCACCCAUCAGUAAAUCUCUACAGCUGAAGCUGGUGGAGGAAGCGAUCGUGUCCCCAGACAUGAUAUCUGUGUUCAACCACCCUUCUAACAAGGUGACGGUACACAUACGGAAAGGUUCAGGGUACUUCUUUAUCCAUCCAGCCAAAUCUGACAUUGUGAAGAUUGACUACAGCGAUCAGAAACAUGAGAUGCUGGUGAAGCCAGUAUCGGACGGUUCUCUGUCUGUGACAGUGUUUGACCUUUGUAUUGACGUGCCUGACCCUCCAGUUGCCACAGUGUUUGUGUCGGGUGUAGGAAGUGUCCAGCUGUCUGCCAUGGACAAGGUAGAGGUUGGCAAGGACUUUCAAGCCAAAGUGAAGGUGUUGGACAUGCAUGGUAAACCACUACAGGCUAGCUUUUUCCCUUUGAUGGGUCUCCGACUGGUGCCAGCAUCUACCAUCAUCACAGUCAAGCCUGAUCUUGAAGCAACAGAGGAUAAGUUCACCUCAUUCUACACUGUCCAUGGGGCGGUGGUGGGUCACACGUCCCUGGAGGCUCGGGCCACACCCAGGCCUGAUGUUACAGUGACCAGUGUAGCCAAGGCUGUAGAGGUGUUUCCCCCUCUCCAGCUGAUUCCACGGAACAUAACACUGAUUAUUGGAGCACUCUUCCAGGUUUUGAGUAAGGGUGGCCCAACCCCACAGUGUACAGUGCUGUUCUCAAUUGCCAGUGAUGACAUUGCUCUUGUGUCCAGCAGUGGACUACUUGAUGCACAAGAACUGGGCUCAACAAGGGUCAUAGGUCAAGCUGUAGGUCAGGACCCAGAGACAGGGGAGACAAUCAUAUAUUCACAGGAUGAAGCACAGGUACACGUCGUGCCUCUGACUGACAUCAGAAUCCACGCUCCACUGACACGCCUUCAAACUGGGACACGGAUGCCAAUGUAUGCGGUCGGAGCCACUGAACACGAGACUCCCUUCACUUUUGGCAGUGCCAUUCCACCUCUCACAUUCUCCUGGUCCGUCUCCAACAAAGAUGUGGUCUUUCUGGAGAACGUCUUUCAUUCGAGUGGUGUCUUUCCUCAAGAACAGAGUGACUUUGCCAACCAACUGGUUGCUAGGGAACCUGGCAGGGUGACAGUCAAGCUAGAGGUCACCCCAACAAGAUUCAGAAAAGUCCAAGUCAGUGGUCAUGUACAAAUGACGGAUGAGCUACAGAUCGAGGUGUUCCAGAAACUUGCUGUGAUCAGUCCGUCAGUAUGUGAUGGUAAACUUCUGAUGACCCCAAACACUGAGGCUGUAGUAAAAACAAACAGAGACGGUGCAGCCAAGGUGACCUACACAGUGCUGCCAUCCAGUGGUGACCUGAAGGUGGUUGCUGUGGGAGACGGAGGGUUGCUCAGUUCUGGGCCUAAAGCUGGGGAGGCUGCCCUUCAUAUCACAUCUCAGGAGGAGUUUGGUACCAACCAGACACUUGUCGUCCUCAUCAAGGUGAAACCUGUGUCCUACAUGAUGAUCAAUUCUGACACUGUAUUGAGGACGUCCGGAGGACUGCUAAAAAAGAUUCCUGUUGGAAGUACACUCCACUUAUCUGUCAGUUACCAUGAUAACAUUGGAGAACAGUUUUAUGCUACAAAUGUGAAAAUGCACUACAGAUUCAGCAGGUACGACCUGGUACAAGCUGGCUAUGGCGUGGAAAACAACACCCUUGUUGUCAAAGUGUCGGAUGUAGGCCAAACCAUACUCAAGGUUUGGGACAAACAGAAUCCCUGGUUAGCUGACUACAUCAACAUUCAUGGGGACUAUGCCAUUAUGCCCAUCAAAGUUGUCAUGUCUUUGGGAGAAAUUGUCUGCUUCCAGUCAUCACUGGUGUCGGAGAAAGGAUACCGAGGAGCUUGGUAUUCGAGCAAUGGUAACAUCUACGUGGACAAAGACUCGGGCAUCGCCAUGGCGAAAGGAGUUGGACAAGCCUUUGUCGACUAUAACAUAUCCAACACAGUGUCCACAUACAUGGAGGUAACAGUUUCUCCAAUACGUAAGCUAACCUUGGACAACAGCCCUGACCACUUGACUAACGUCGAGACUCGAGGAAAAACUCCUUUCAUCACUGUUAUACUGGAUGGCGAAAAUGAAGUUCUAGGUGAAAACUGCAGUGCCAAAAUCCAGGAGAAUCAUUACCACCCUAAAUACAUCCCAUUCUGGUGUGAACUAGAACUCUCCACAAAGACGAACGACAUCGGAAUUGAGGAUCUGUUCACCACCCAACCAGACUUUGACCCUAAGACAGGAAAGUUUGGAUGUCAGAUAAAUCAGGUGUCCAGACCAGUGAUGUUACAACAGAUCAGUACACUAAAUGUGGAUGUGGCCUUGUCAGUGGGCGUGGCAUCCCGCGAAGGUCAACCAGAGGUCAUGGCACAGCAGCAUGUAUUCAGCUUCCUGCCCUCAUUUUACAUCCAUCAAAGUGAGGUCCAUCUGUCUACACUAAACCAACUGUCUUCUAUCCGAGUAUCCACAGUGUCCAGUCUCACCGACUGUAUAGAGGUCUUUGUUAGUGAUCCGUCCAUCCUAGAGAGUCUGUCCCCAGAGAAGGACACCCAGUCUGGGGCUGUGCUCUUGUAUCCAAUCAGACUGAUAGAGUCUGCAGCACUCUGGGAGAGAGAUCAGAUUGAUGUCCACAUUGAGAUGGUCUGUCAGAAGACAGGCCAAAAGGUCAAACUGCCUGUCUUUGUUAGCCUCAUUGGUCAGAAGCCUGAUUACAUCAGUACAUACAGAGGGAGUGGCUGGCAGUCGUUGGUCCGCAAUAUCUUCUAUAAUUAUCAAUCCUGGCUCUUCAUUAUCCUCGUCAUCAUCCUCACCGCACUAGCAGUCAUUAUAGGUUAUCAUGCUGUGUUUGGACCCAAGUACAGAGCUGCCAAUGCAGGUGUAUUCAUGGGACCAGGAGGGGCAGCUUCGCCCAUCACCUACUCACCCCAAGCUCUGAUGGGUCCUCAGUACUCUCCAUAUGCAGCUACACCUAAAACUCCAUACCUCUGGUCACCUGGAUACAGUCCUGUUGAUGGUUCUACUCCUCGGCAACGCAGGUCGCCAUACAAUCGCCAACAAUCACCAUGACGAUGAUGAUUGUCAACAUUAAACAUUAACACAUGGUCAUAUGUGUAUGACAUUCCAACAGAAGUAUGUUUAAAAUUUCAUAUCUAGAUGGUUAUGUUUCCUUAGGAAUAACCUUCAAGGUUGUAAGUACAUGUGUUUUCUAGGUAUGUUAAUUUUCUUUGUUCAAAAUGAUCAAACACUAACUGUACAGCAAUGUAUGGUGUUUAUAUCUCAAACAUGUUUAUUUCACAUCUUGUUUGAUAUUUGAAUUAAUAUAUGUUCUGAAUAAGAAUAGAGAAUUCACUUUUUAGCUAAAUGGAAGGAAACAAGAAAAAAUGAAUUAAAGUUCAAUAUAGCCAUUGUGAUGUUGAAAAGAUGUCAUGUGAAUUGUUUUCAGUAUAAAUUACUGGUACCAUUUUUGACUGUUAACAUGGUGUGUUGAAAUGGGUUUUUUUUUGUAUUUAUUUAAUUGAGGGCACACAAAGAGGUCCCCUGAAGGUGAAUUCGAAAAUGUUGCCUUUGCACAAAUUUUUAAAAAAGAAUGAAUAGCUUACGCUGAUGAUUGAUAAAUUGUUAUCAAAAUGUUACUGAUUCAGGAAAAACACCUGUACUUGAAUGCCAAAGAAAUCAGAUAACCAAUGCAUGAAGUUACUCUUGCGUCAGCUUAACCCAUUUGUAUUUACGAAAGUAAAAUGCAUACGCUCAGGUUAUUGGACAUUUGCUAACCACCGAUUGUAACUUAGCCAUGUGAUAAGGAUUUCUUGAUUCUAGAGAAAUAAACAUACAUUGCAUUGUGCUUUUACUGACUACAACAAAUUUACUCACCAUUCUAGCGAUAGUAAUAGACAAAUGUGUUGUUGUAUAACAGAGAUCAUUAUAGGGGUUGAACCUGGGACCCUGGUUUAGAGUGAGUUCUCCCUAGCUAGUAUUUUAUCAGGUUGACAUAAAAAAAAAGAAGAAGAUAUAUAUUGCAGGUAGGUAAGCCCUUUUUUUCAAACGGUCCAUUCAGAGGAAAGCUUAAAAUUUUUAAAAGUAAGCGGAUAAAGGAGAUACAUGUUAAUUGAUCAGGAAAUGUGCAAAACUGAGAAUUUCCAUCAAUAUUAUAGAAAAAAGGUAGCAUGUUGAUAUUACACAAUCAUAUUUCUGGUAUUCUUGACCCACUCAUUUCAUAUUUUUAAAAGUACGGUUAUGAAAAAUUCCACUAUUUACUUAAUUUCUGCCAUAGCCACUAGACCUGAAAUCUGCAAAAAGCAGAUCUGGCAAAACAGACCAUUCUAGCAAACUGGUGAAAAAACUGGGAACAAAGAAAGAAGAAAAAGAGAAAAACUCAGUUUUGCAAUGUUCCCGAAAAGUAUCAGCCUUUUAGAUUUUCAUCCUUGCUGAUCAAUUCUCAAUUACUGACUUAUUUUUUAUUUCCCACUUCAUGAUAGAAGUAUUAUUUAUAGCAAGUUAUGUGUUUACAUUAAGAUCAUCAUAAAAUAGCCCUUACUUCCUUUUAAAAAAAGGUUAAAAUUUUACUGCAGUAUUCAUUCCUCUUUAUACAUGAAAGUCUAUGGUCAUGUCUUCAGUUGUAAAAUUCAGUAAAUAGUUCACCUUCCAUUUUAGAAAUUUGAGAUAUCUUGAAGCCAAAAUCAUCUCUAACACUUCUGUGUUAUUUGUACACGGUAAAGUGAUUUUGACGUGGUAUUGUUUCUGAUUCUCAGGGUGAGAUCUAAGACUUGAAUCAAUACAGAUUUCAACAAAUUUCGGAAGAGAAUGAUACAUUAGACAUUUAUAUUAACAGGACAAAUAUUCUUGUAUGACGAACAUUAAAUGUAGGGGAGUGAAUGAAGCAGUUUGAGAGAUAGAUUGAGAGAGGGAAUGGAGAUGAGAGGGAACAGAGAUUGAGAGAAAGGGAAGAAAGAUGAGAGGGAAUAGAGAUAGGAUGAGGAAACAGACCUUGAGACUGGUGUAAGAAGCUUCAGAGAAAAUCUACAAUGUAUGCACGAUGUUUGGAAAAGGAAAGAGAUUUUUGAAUUGUUAUUUUUUGAGAAUUUGAUCUCCAUUGUCUUAAAUAUAUACAUGUAUGCAAUUUGUUUACCAUAUUUUUUAAUGUUGUGUGUAUCAUACAAGUAUUUUUCAUGAAAGUGCUGCAACCUAUUUACAUUUCUGAGUUUGUUUCAAAGAAAUUGAUUUACUUUGUAGUCCUUAAACAAUUAUUUUCACAGUAAUCAUCAGACUUAAUGAAUAACUUAAUUCUAAAUUACUAUAAUACUGGUACUCAGUUUAAAUAUAUUUCUUUUCAAAAUUCUGAAGACUGUCAAACAAAAUGAAACAGCAGAUAAAUCUUUCUGUGUAACACAAUAUCACAGGGUUGAGUGUAUUGCACUGAAAAUGUCUAUAUAAUUUCAAAUUUCACAGGAACAUUUACAGUAUCUUUACAAAAUGGGAAGACCUACAUGUUCAGUUAAACGUGAAUGUCUCCACAAAUAGAGUGAAAUGUCAGUGAUAUUAAGUAAAUAAAUGUACUCUAUGGUUGUUCUGUAUGGCUCCAUAUGAAGCGAUUGUCUAUUUGACCUUGAGUGAAAGCUAAAAGAUUUAGUAUGCUAGCUAAUGAGAAAAUGUGACAUUUUUGUAUCAUGAAUAAAUUUACAGUAUUUUGUA